AUGUCACAACCAAAUCCUUUUGAUAAGAUUAAAGACAAACUUUCAAGUGGUCUUACUUUUUAUAAUCUUCCAAAGUUACAAGACAAGAGAAUCGAUCAAUUACCAUAUUCAAUUCGUAUUCUUUUAGAAUCUGCUAUUCGUAAUUGUGAUAACUUCCAAGUACAUGAAAAGGAUGUUGAAAAUAUUUUAAAUUGGCAAUCAACUGCUAGCAAUGUUGAAAUCCCAUUCAAACCUGCUAGAGUACUCUUACAAGAUUUUACUGGUGUACCAGCAGUUGUUGAUUUGGCAGCCAUGAGAGACGCAAUGAAGAGACUUGGAGGUGAUCCAUCAAAGAUUAAUCCAUUAGUUCCAGUUGAUCUUGUCAUUGAUCAUUCAGUUCAAGUUGAUGUUGCCAGAACCCCAGAUGCAUUAGAAGAAAAUCAAAAGAUGGAAUUCCAUCGUAAUAUUGAAAGAUUUAGAUUUUUGAAAUGGGGUCAACAAGCAUUCAAGAACUUGUUGAUUGCUCCACCAGGCUAUGGUAUUGUACAUCAAGUCAAUUUGGAGUAUUUGGCCAGAGAGGUGGUCAAGAGUGAAGAGGGAGUAGUGUAUCCAGACUCAGUGGUUGGAACAGACUCACACACAACCAUGGUCAAUGGUUUGGGUGUCUGUGGUUGGGGUGUUGGUGGUAUUGAAGCAGAGGCUGUCAUGCUUGGUCAACCAAUGAGUAUGGUGUUGCCAGAGGUUGUUGGAUACAAGCUUGUUGGCAAGUUGCCAGAUGUUGCAACGGCCACUGAUUUGGUGUUGACUGUCACCAAAGAGUUGCGUGCCAAGGGUGUUGUCGGCAAGUUUGUCGAGUUUUUCGGUGCUGGUGUUGCUACGUUGUCCGUGUCGGAUCGUGCAACCAUCUCAAAUAUGGCACCAGAGUAUGGAGCUACUAUGGGUUACUUCCCAGCCGAUGCCAACACCAUCAACUACUUGGCAUCGACUGGACGUCCAGCCGAAAACAUUUCCUACAUCAAGGAGUAUCUUGCUACACAACAAUUGUUGUGUGACUAUACUGCUGCGUCGCAUCCAGUCUACACCUCGACCAUUGAGCUCGACUUGUCCACUGUAGUACCCAGUUUGUCCGGUCCCAAGCGUCCACACGACCGUGUCUCACUCUCUGACCUCAAACAAGACUUUGCCAGCAACCUCAAGUCACCCGUUGGAUUCAAGGGAUUCGGAUUGACGGCCGAUCAAAUUGCCAAGACUGCCACCUUUGAGCAUGGUGGUCAAAAGCACACCAUCACCCACGGUGCUGUUACGAUUGCCGCCAUCACCUCGUGCACCAACACGUCCAACCCUUCGGUCAUGCUCGGCGCCGGUCUCCUCGCCAAGGCAGCCGUCGAAGCCGGUCUCUCUGUAAAGUCGUACGUCAAGACAUCCCUCUCACCAGGCAGCGGUGUCGUCACACAGUACCUCGAAAAGAGCGGUCUCCAACCAUUCCUCGACAAGAUUGGAUUCAACCUCACUGGCUACGGCUGUAUGACAUGUAUUGGAAAUUCGGGCGAGUUGGCCGAUGUCGUCGGCGAAGCCAUCACCAAGGAAGACUUGGUCGUUGCUGGUGUGCUCUCGGGCAACCGUAACUUUGAGGGUCGUAUCCACCCCCUCUUGCGUGCCAACUACCUCGCCUCGCCAUUGCUCGUCGUCGCCUAUGCCCUCGCCGGUACCGUCAACAUUGACUUUGAGCACGACGCUAUUGGCGUCAGCAGCGUCACUAGCAAACCCGUCUUUUUGCGCGAUAUCUGGCCAUCCAGCGCACUCAUCCAAGACACGAUUGCCAAGAAUGUCUUGCCCGAGAUGUACAAGAGUUUCUACUCGAACGUGACCGGUGGCAACCAACGCUGGAACGAAUUGGUCGUACCACAAGGUCUGCUCUACCCAUGGGACGAAAAGUCAACCUACAUCCACAACCCACCCUUCUUCCAGUCCAUGGAACUUACGCCACCUGUCCGUGGUGAUAUUGCCGGUGCCUACUGUCUCUUGAAUCUCGGCGACUCGAUCACCACCGACCACAUCUCACCCGCCGGAAACAUUGCCCGUAAAUCAACUGCCGCCAAGUACCUCGAAGGUCACAAUGUCGAUCCAAAGGACUUUAACACAUACGGUGCUCGUCGUGGUAACGAUGAAGUCAUGGUUCGUGGUACCUUUGCCAACACCCGUCUCGUCAACAAGCUCGCACCAGCUGUCGGUCCACAAACCACCCACAUUCCAUCCAACGAGGUCAUGUUUGUGUCUGACGCUGCCGAGCGUUACAUCGCCGAGGGUUCGCAACUCAUCAUCCUCGCCGGCGCCGACUAUGGCUCUGGUUCAUCCAGAGAUUGGGCUGCCAAGGGUCCAUACCUCCAAGGCAUCAAGUGUGUCAUUGCCGUCUCGUUUGAACGUAUCCACAGAAGCAACCUCGUCGGUAUGGGUAUCAUCCCCCUCCAAUUUGUCCAAGGUCAAUCGGCCGACACUCUCAACCUCACCGGCAAGGAAAAGUUCAACAUUGCUCUCGGCACCCAAAUCAAGACCGGUCAAACUGUCACUGUCACCACCGAUACCGGUAAAUCAUUUGAAACUACCCUUCGUUUUGAUACUCCAAUCGAAAUUGAAUAUUAUAAACAUGGUGGUAUUUUACCAUAUGUUCUUCGUCGUCUUGUCUAA